GUCACGAUGACUAUGCGCUCCCGUUUGCUAGUUCUGCUGUGCGCUGCACUGGCGAUAUCCACUUGCUCAACUCAAACCACCACAACGGACUCAACUACAACUGAAUCCCUUUUAUGCAUUAUCUUUCCCGUGUUGUGCACAACAACAACUACUACCACCGUGGCUCCUACCACAACUGCAGCAGAAACAACAACUGAAUCUCUUGAGUCCGUAUUAUGCAGACUGUUUCCGCAAUUGCCUAUUUGCUUAACAACUACUUCUCAAGCGACGACAACAACAGUCGCGCCAACGACGACCGAAGAAGUAACGACUACUACUGAUGAAGUAACGACUACUACUGAUGCUUCAACGACGACCGAAGAAACGGACAUGGCUAGAACAACUCUGCUGUUGGUGCUAAUUAAGAAUAUACAAGUAACGACUACUACUGAAAGUGUAACGACAACUACUGAUGCUUCAACGACGACCGAAGAUGUAACGACUACUACUGAAGAAGUAACGACUACUACUGAUGCUUCAACGACCACUAAAGAAGUAACGACUACUACUGAUGCUUCAACGACUACUACUGAAGAAGUAACGACUACUACUGAAGAAGUAACGACUACUACUGAUGCUUCAACGAGGACUGAAGACGUAACGACUACUACUGAUGCUUCAACGACGACUGAAGAAGUAACGACUACUACUGACGCAUCAACGACGACCGAAGAAGUAACGACUACUACUGAAGAUGUAACGACUACUACUGAUGCUUCAACGACGACCGAAGAAAUAACGACUACUACGGAGGCUUCAACGACGACCGAAGAAGUAACGACUACUACUGAAGAAGUAACGACUACUACUGAAGAAGUAACGACUACUACAGAAGAAGUAACGACUACUACUGAUGCUUCAACGACUACUGAAGAAGUAACGACUACUACUGACGCUUCAACGACGACCGAAGAAGUAACGACUACUACUCAAAGUGUAACGACAACUACUGAUGCUUCAACGACGACCGAAGAUGUAACGACUACUACUGAAGAAGUAACGACUACUACUAAUGGUUCAACGACCACUGAAGAAGUAACGACUUCUACUGAUGCUUCAACGACUACUACUGAAGAAGUAACGACUACUACUGAAGAAGUAACGACUACUACUGAUGCUUCAACGACGAGUGAAGACGUAACGACUACUACUGAUGCUUCAACGACGACUGAAGAAGUAACGACUACUACUGACGCAUCAACGACGACCGAAGAAAUAACGACUACUACUGAAGAUGUAACGACUACUACUGAUGUUUCAACGACGACCGAAGAAAUAACGACUACUACUGAGGCUUCAACGACGACCGAAGAAAUAACGACUACUACUGAAGAAGUAACGACUACCACUGACGCUUCAACGACGACUGAAGAAGUAACGACUACUACUGAAGAUGUAACGACAACUACUGUUGCUUCAACGACGACUGAAGAAAUAACGACUACUACUGAAGAUUUAACGACUACUACUGAUGCUUCAACGACGACUGAAGAAGUAACGACUACUACUGAUGCUUCAACGACGACUGAAGAAGUAACGACUACUACUGACGCUUCAACGACGACCGAAGAAAUAACGACUACUACUGAAGAAGUAACGACUACUACUGAUGCUUCAACGACGACCGAAGAAGUAACGACUACUACUGAAGAAGUAACGACUACUACUGAUGCUUCAACGACGACCGAAGAAGUAACGACUACGACUACUACUGAUGCUUCAACGACGACCGAAGAAGUAACGACUACUACUGAAGAAGUAACGACUACUACUGAUGCUCCUACGACGACUGAAGAAAUCAGAACAACAUCAACCAGUGAGGACACAACUCAGGCCACAGGUCCCCAGCCGCAUCAUGAACAUCAUCAUCAUCAUCACUAUCAUGAGAUUGUUGGAGCACCUGGCCUUCCAUUUCCACCACCAUUACUGCCAUUACCACCAUUACCAGCAUUACCAGCACUACCACCAUUACCAUCAUUACCAUCAUUACCACCAUUACCACGAUUACCGCCAUUACCGAUUCCAGGAAAUUUACCGGAAGCUGAAUCUGCUGUUAUAGGUCUGCUGCCCUUACCUUUACCUCCUUUGCUUCCAGCAAGGCCAAUACAGCUCAGUUCGCGCCCAGCGAGACCUCAAAUACCUUUUGGAAACCUCUUUGGAAAAUAAUAUAUUCUAAUAUAAUAAGAGAUUUUGGAACUCUCAGCCAAGUCUGUAACCUGAUACAUGCGAUCUGUAGUAAAACAGAAAGUAAAAGAAAAACAUUUUGUUUCUACCCUAUCAUAAUAAAAAUUUUGCGAUCUGA